GUUAAGCCAAGCGGUUGAAUGCUGCAAGCCUUGUCAGGGUUGUACUAUUUUUUCUAGUGCAGAAGGAGAAGGGAGAGGAGGGUCGCAGGGAAAAGGGAAAUUUCCCAGAAAAGAGGGAUCUGCGGCGAUAUCUGCACCCGGGGUGAUGAGGAGAAGAACCAACGGGCACAAAUGGCCCCGAGGAGGCUGAAAUCUUUGCCGAGGAGAUCGGGACCGCGGGGUUAUUUUCCACCUGCCUCCCCUACCCGGUUCUGUAAUCCUGGCUCAAAGUAGACAAGUGGAGUUGGAGCUGAAGAAGGGAGGCGAUGCCACACCUCCCGAGGACACUGGGGACAUCGGGUUUUGCUGAGCUUGGCAUCUUCUCCCCGUCGUCGUUGUCGUCGUCGUCGUACCGAAGGCAUCAGACAGACGCUCAUCUGCCCUGAAGUGCGGAGCUGCAACAGCUACCGAGAAGACUCUUGUCUCUCUGUCUCUCUGUCUCUCUUUCUCUCUCUUCUCCAGUCCAAACCAUUACAAGACCUGACUUCCACCAUCUGGGAAUCUAACCCCUUUUUAUAUCCCUUCUCCUUUUUUUCUACGAUGACUCACCAUUAUUUUUAACUUUGAAGAGAGAGGAAAUUAUGGGGAUCUUGGAAGCCUCUAUUUCUCUCUAGGAUUUCCCCAAGGGUCAGAUAAUCGGUGUUACUAAGAGACACUAAGAUUUGGCUUCUCCAGGUAAUGUGAUUUGUUUUCUGUGUGCCAUGGUGGUUUGCAGAGGAUGACAGGAGCCGGGACACCAGCGGUCGAGGAGGAGGAGGGGGACUGCAGUGGUCGGCGGGGCAGCUUCCGUGGCCAACUGGGAAUCCCAGUAGCCGCAGAGCUUGCCCAGUGGGCUGCAGGCAGGGAGGGCAGCAUGUCGCCUCCCCCCCUCUGCUAUACGGCCGGGGCAAGAGGCUGGGGAAGGUGGCAAACUUAAUAAAAAAAAAUAAGACAGAGAGGAGGGUAGAUUGCCUGCGAUCGAACGGUUAAAUCGUUAACCCUUAGCUGCAUGCCUGGAAAUGAGCUGAGCCUCCCCCCUCCCCAGCACCCCGCGGGGUCCCCUCCCCAUCUUCAGGCUGGAGGGGGAUAUUUUUCUUCCUUUCUCUUCCUUUCCCCCUCUCCCCACCCCCCUUUUUUUUUUAAUUGGAAUUUUUAAAUUUGAGCCAAAAAAAAAAUACAAGUUCUGGUUUGCCAAUGCCGGUUUUUCCGCGCUGGUUUUGAAUAGGUGACGGUUCCUCAGGUGUUUUCUCUCUUCCACCUAAUGGGUUUAGACGGGAGUUUUUGAACUCAGUCCCAAAGGAGGCAAAUUAACCCCCCCCGAGGAAGGGGAUAGACACGGUAGCGAAGGGAGCUGCUCUCCUCCCCCCAACUUUAUUUCAUCUCUCUCUUUCUCAGCAGGGGCAAUUUUCUUUCCCUUUUUUUUUUUUUUUUUCUCUCUCUUUUUUAUUUUUAUUUUCUCUUUUUAUUUUUAUUUUUUUUUAUCAUCCCUUCGCCUUUUCAUGAGACACUUCCAAACCUACGUACCUGUCCUUCUGCAGGAUAGUAGCCCUGCCCUGAAUCCGAUCCCACCACCGGGCACUGGGAAGAGUUUAGCAUAAGGAUUUCUUUUAAACCCCAAUAUGACAGUUGCUACUGGAGAUCCUGCAGAUGAAGCUGCAGCUCUUCCCGGUCACCCGCAGGACACGUAUAACCCUGAGACCGACCAUGAAUGCUGCGAGAGGGUGGUCAUUAAUAUUUCGGGUCUGCGCUUUGAGACACAGCUCAAGACACUCGCCCAGUUUCCAGAGACCUUAUUAGGGGAUCCUAAAAAGAGAAUGAGAUAUUUCGACCCGCUCCGGAAUGAGUAUUUUUUUGACCGGAACAGACCCAGCUUCGAUGCAAUUUUAUACUAUUACCAGUCCGGUGGGAGGUUGCGGAGGCCGGUGAACGUGCCCUUAGACAUCUUCUCGGAAGAGAUUCGUUUCUAUGAACUGGGGGAAGAAGCGAUGGAGAUGUUCCGGGAGGAUGAAGGCUACAUCAAAGAAGAGGAAAGACCGUUGCCCGAGAACGAGUUUCAGAGACAAGUGUGGUUGCUCUUUGAGUACCCCGAGAGCUCGGGCCCUGCCAGGAUUAUAGCUAUUGUCUCCGUCAUGGUGAUUUUAAUCUCCAUCGUCAGCUUUUGCCUGGAAACCUUGCCCAUUUUUCGGGAUGAGAACGAAGACAUGCACGGCAGCGGGCUGAGCCACCCCCCUUACUCCAACAGCAGCAUGGGGUACCAGCAGUCCACCUCUUUCACAGACCCCUUCUUCAUCGUGGAGACACUUUGCAUCAUCUGGUUCUCCUUUGAGUUCUUGGUGAGGUUUUUCGCCUGCCCCAGCAAGGCUGGGUUUUUUACCAACAUCAUGAACAUUAUAGACAUCGUAGCCAUCAUUCCCUACUUCAUCACCUUAGGGACGGAGCUGGCCGAGAAGCCGGAGGAUGGGCAGCAAGGCCAGCAAGCCAUGUCCCUGGCCAUCCUCCGAGUCAUCCGCUUGGUGCGGGUCUUCAGGAUCUUCAAACUCUCCCGACACUCCAAGGGGCUGCAGAUCCUGGGCCAGACUCUCAAGGCCAGCAUGCGGGAGCUGGGCCUCUUGAUAUUUUUCCUCUUCAUCGGCGUCAUCCUCUUCUCCAGCGCCGUCUACUUUGCCGAGGCCGACGAGAGCGAGUCCCAGUUCCCGAGCAUCCCCGAUGCCUUCUGGUGGGCCGUGGUUUCCAUGACGACUGUUGGCUACGGAGACAUGGUCCCCACCACCAUCGGGGGGAAAAUAGUGGGUUCCUUGUGUGCCAUCGCUGGCGUAUUAACGAUUGCCUUACCAGUGCCCGUCAUAGUGUCUAACUUCAAUUACUUCUACCACCGGGAGACGGAGGGAGAGGAGCAGGCUCAAUAUUUGCAAGUAACCAGCUGCCCAAAGAUCCCCUCUUCCCCUGACCUAAAGAAAAGCAGAAGUGCCUCUACUAUUAGUAAGUCUGAUUAUAUGGAGAUUCAGGAAGGCGUAAACAAUAGCAAUGAGGAUUUUAGGGAGGAGAACUUGAAGACAGCCAAUUGCACCCUCGCUAACACAAACUAUGUGAAUAUCACCAAAAUGCUAACCGAUGUCUAGUCGCUAAAAUCUAGUACCGUAUUUAAAGCUGAAGUGGAACAAUUGCAGAUAUUGAGUGCUGCUCUGCAUUGUAGUUAAUACAGUAUUUUCUACGGUGUAUAUUUGGUUCUGCAUGGGAAGCAAUAGCUGUGUAAGUGACUUUUAACCUUUGAUUUCCGCACCGAAUAAGCGUUCGUGCAAGAAACAAUAACAAAACCCAAACCAUUUCGUCUCCCUUCUCCCAUCCCCAGGCUUGUGGGUUUUUUUCCAAAGAUCUGGCUUUCCAAAGAUCUGGGUUCCUAAAGAUCUGGGUUUCCAAAGAUCUGGGUUUCCAAAGAUCUGGGUUCCUAAAGAUCUGGGUUUCCAAAGAUCUGGAUUUCCAAAGAUCUGGAGCCCUAAAGAUCUGGAGCAGUCGGGCAUUUCGAGCAAUGGGAUGGGGAUGCUGGGGUUGGGGGGCAGGAGGUACAGCUCCGGGUCAUCCUGGGGGUACCAGGAACACCGGUCGCCAUCCCCAGUCCCUGCUGGGUGACAACAGGCUUCCAGGCGUGGGGAAAGGGCUGGGAAAGGUCAGGCAGAGCUCGGUGAGGGGAAGAUGCAGUCGUGGGGCCGAAUUGCCUGAAAGCUGAGGUUUCCGCCCCGGGAAUGCCAAGUGCGAACGCAUCGCCCAGGCUCAUGUUUCAUAACGGAAAAUGCUGCAUGCUGCAAUAGUUUCAGCCACUGCAGUAUGCCAGUGUGAGGCCCAGGGGAGGGAUAAUUAGUAUGACGGCACAUUAUUUAUUAAGUCUUAAAUUUUCUAUGCUAGGCAUCGGGAGGGAUGAGUAAAUAAAUCAAGCGCUUGGAUUUUAUUUAUUUAUUUAGAUGACACUUCCAUCACCAGUUAUUUCCAGGAUCACCAAAGACACCUCCACAAAGACACAUUGAAAAUGAGUUGGAAAAAGCAUCUUUUUUUAUAUCUAUAUAUAAAACUGGAGCAACUAUGCUGUGGCCUAUAAUAUAUUUAUACUGCAGUGAAAUUUAACCAGUAAUACAGUACAGCUGCAUGGAUAUUUGUUGCAUGAAUCUGAAUAUUUAAUACACACACAAAUAUAUAUUUUCUUAGUAGGCUAUACAGUAUUCAUGUUUAUAGUGUUUAUAGAUUCUCCGGUGGCUCGAAGGAGAUUCGUGGAAGUUAAAAAAACUCCCCAUUAUAUUUAAAAACUGGAUGGGGGAGGCAUGUGCUGACAACAGUUUGAUAGAUAACAAGGCAAAGCCUGAGUGUCCGAGCAUCCAGACACAAGAGCCAACUAAUGCAAGCCAGGGAAGGUGAGCUGAAAGUUAAACACCUGCACUCAUUAUAGGGCGAGUAAUUAGUCAUUAAUCUUGGUGUCAUGAGCAGAACCCACAGCAGAUCAGAGAGGGCACGAGGAGCAGGUGGAAUAGCAGGUACCGGCUCUCCUGACUUGUUUGUUCAGCAAUUUUUUAGCUGUUUCCUGUAUAAUUAUCGUGUGUGUGUAUAUAGAUAUUUAGAGAGCGACUAUAGGGCCGAAUUCUCAACAAAUGUGAGCACUUGGAGCAUCAGGGACUUCCUGGCUCAGGGGUUCAGGGAUGGUGGGACACGGGCUGGAGCAGGAUGACCUGCCCCUGGGUGCCCAUGGGAUCAGCAGGGCAAGGUGCAUUUUGGGCUGAAAAACACUUUUUUUCAACCACGUCGAGCCCAAGGGCUGGUGGUUUAUUCCUUUGUGGUGGAGAGGACACGUGCUGAGGGUGGGCUGGAUCUGAGCUGGUGCCUCUGAGCCUUGGCUUUGCCUCCUCCCAGGGUUUUAGGAAGGGUGAGUCGAGCUGCAGAGACCCUGAGGUUGUCUCUGCUUCUUCUUCAUCCCGGUGUUAUUUGGGGAAAGGUGGGGGCUGUUGUUCUGGGGGGAUCUCACCUGCUUUCCCCGUUCCCAUCAAGAUUUCCUUGUGUUUCCCCCCCCGUUGCUGCCAAUCCCCAGGGAUAGACGUCCCGUUCCUCUGCCAAGCCAAGGAAUAGAGAGAUGCAAACCUCUUCUGAGGUUGUGGUUGAGCAAAACCUCCCCGGGGUGUGGGAUGGGGCUCAGCAGCCCGUCGAGUUGGGGUGAAUCGGGGCUGAAUUGGGGCACAGUCAGUGCCGUGCCGCUGCGGCGAAGGGGGAAACCCCAUUGCAGAGCGUGCGAGGGAGGUCAAUCAAACCCUUCCUGAGCCCAGAGAGGAAAACCAUACUAAUAACAAUAAAAUCAACGGUGCUAGCGUAUUCUACAGCAAUGGUUCCAAAUGCUGCUUUAGGGCCGGAUCCAUCUCUUGUGCUGAUGUGGCUCCACUGGGCCAGGUGGAAUCACUCCUCAUUUUUACUUUAUUGGUUGAUUGAUUCAGGCCUGACUAUAAUUAAUACCAAGUGUCCAUGAUUAGUGCACAAGAGCCCUGGCUUCUGCUGGGUGUAGAGGACCAGCAGCAUCAAUGUGUUGGGUCUUAAAGGUGCUCGGCACCACGCAGCAUGGGACCCCCGGCCUGUAUUUAAUUACAUCUCGUUACAUUAGGAGCCCUCUUCUCCCUCUCUGCUGCUCCAGCUCUGAAAUGGGAGCCCCUGAAGCCUGUUAACACCUUAAAUGCACACACAAAAAAGAAGCAACGCAAUCGAAAGCAAUAAAUCUCUGCUUCUGAAGCUCAUCCCAUGGAAUGGGAUGGGGCUGGAGCGAGCCACUGGCUUGGGCACGAUUCUUGGGGUGGUCAGCCAGCUUCCAUCCAUCCUGCUCAUGGUAGGUCUCAGGAGAGAUGUGAGCUUGCAUGGGGAAGCUGCCUGAUGCACUGGGAUGCUGCCCGCCCACCCAUGGGUGCUUCUACCACCGGUGGUCCCAUCCCUGGUGGGUGGGAAAGCACCGAGGGCAGGUUUCCACAGGGUUUUGGGGAGGAUGCAGGCCCUCAAUGAGACUUUGCAAAGUGCCUGGUUGUUUCAUGCACGUGGUCUUCCGAUGGUUUGGGGUGAGCGUCUGCCAAAGCACUGGGCGCAUCUUGGGAGCGUGAGCACUGUUGUGGUUUGGUAGGGAUCAUGAGUUUUCUGAAAGAGGUGUUGUUUUGGGCAUGGUGUCCCUGUGGGCUUUCCGAGGCUGGGCAGGAGGGGACAGUGGUCCUUGGGCAGGAUCAGCAUCCUGGUCUAGUGGGAAGUGUCCCUGUCCAGGGCAGGGGGGUUGGAACUCAAUGGUCUUUAAGGUUCCCUCCAACUCUAACCUUUCUAUGAUUGGGCACAUCCAAACCCAUGUGUCAAGCUGGGGGGCCGCCUUGGGAAGUCCCAGAGCCACAUCACAGGGAUGAAUGGGGCUGAAGAGCAAGAGGCCACAGUCCUCUUGUUGUCACCAAUGUGAGCUGACAUCUGUCCCUUCCUUAGGACGGAUGCUGCACCUCUUGUGCUGACCCAGGCAGAUGUUCCUGGGGAAAUCAAGUCCUGGUGGAAGAGCAUCUCUGCUGCCCUCGGCACCAUGUUUGAGAAAUAGGGAAUGCACCUGGAUAAGCACUUGAAUGUUUGGUUCAGGGCAAAAAAGGUCUGUGGGGGCUGUGGCUGGAAGCGAUGUGUCAGGUUGAGCAAAGCAGAAGGGUCCAGAUUUCUCCCCCGCACAGAGAAAUGGUUCCACUAUGGGUUUUAAUGGGAUUUGUGCCUGCAGGUCGGAGCUCUAGUGCUAUUUCUAGCUUUGCUUCUGACUCACUGAUGUGAUCUUGAACCAGUUUUUCAGGAGGAGACUGUGAAUUUUUUUCUUUUUUUUUUUUCUUUUUCUUGAGGAAUUUGGUUUGAGAGACUCUGGGCCCUUUUCUGCAGAGAUGCUCCCCUUGACUCUGGAACUGUGCAAAAACGAGCUGCAGAGUGGCUCAGACUGAGGAUGCUAAAUUAGGGACCGGGGAGGGGGAGAGUCCUGUUGUCUAUGUUAGAGUGCACUGGGCCACCUAACGUAGGUGGUGUGGGUACCUCUCCUCCUCCCGUGGAGAUAUUUGCUGCUCUGCAGGGCUGGAAUGGAGAACUGAAGCUCUUCGGUGUGAGAAGGUGCUCCUGGGUUGGCUCCCAGAGGAGACAGCACCUAUAUUCUAGUUUAAUCCUUUGUGCCGUGUUUUUGGAGAGGUGGAAAGUGGUGGUUAGAGCACGAGGUGUCUUCUAACACCCAACCACAUGCCUAAAUCUGUAAGCAGCCCAUCGGCUCUUGAAUAUCUUCCAAAAUCUCUGCUAAGGGCAAUGGGUUGAAGCUUAUGUACGAGCUGGACAUCACUGAGUGAUUAGGGCUGUGAGGGAAAAAAAUUAUUUGUAGGGGGUGAUAUGUUUCAUCAUGAAAACUAAUCUCUGGGGUGAUAUUUUGUGUCAAAGUCCUACAGAUCUGCAUCCUGAGCUAUACGAAGAAAAGGAUCUCUAGUUGGUGUUAUGGGAGUGUAGCACGUGGGUGUAUAAAUAUGGGCAUAUUUGUGCAUAAAUACACAGAAGGAGAGAAAAAAGACAGAGGAGGAGGAGGUAUUUCAGGAAGGGCCUUGCUUUGUUAUCAGAUAAUUCCUGGGUCAGCCCUUGAAAUUGCUGCCAAAGUCUUGUAGCUCUUCCAGAGCUUGCAAUACACUUCAGGAUGGGUCCAAGCAAAGGAGAUUGGGAUCUGGCCUUGGGAGGGGGAGCAUCCUGAGGGGCUGGUGGCAUCCAGCUCCUCAUCCCUCUGCAAAGCCCCAGCUUUGCAGCAGCUGGAUCCCAAAUCCCUGGCUCGGGCCCAUCAGGACUGUUUCCAUGACUGUGCAGGCAAAGCCAAGCAGAAGUCGGUGGGAUUUGUUUGCGAUGCAAGGGCUGUGCUGCACCAACUGGGGGUUUGGGUUCUUUUUUGCAAUGGCUGGAUUUCAAGUCCCUCGAAUCAUGCUGGUUUUUGGUCCCAGGGCAGUGGCAAGAAGCAUCUCCCUGUGUUUUGGAGCCGGGGUGGGUUUAUCUCAAGGUCUACAUCCGUGGGGGAGUCCCAGGGGUUUCUUCUGUCAGUGAGAGCUGCUCAAUGUGCUGCCAGGGAGAAAGGAGCUGAGGGGUGAGGAGAGGAGGACUCAGCGCCAAACUAUUUUGUUUUGCACCCAAAAAAGAGGCUGGGGCUCCCUCCUUGCACCCAUGGCAGCAUUCAGCCUCCCCCAUGGCCAGUGCAUCCCUUGGUCCCUUCCAUUGAGGACCAGCUGCUCUGUCCCACUGGGAGCCCCAAGGGGGGAUAUGGUCCCCCCUGUGCAUCGGCCACUGUCCUACCCUCAGCCAGAGCACUGCUCUUCCUCACACCCAUGUGAAGGGCACCCUACGGCCUCCUUCUCCCCAUGAUCUUAUGGCAUUUGGCUGCCCAAAUUUCAUCCCCCCCCUUCCUUCUCAGAAAGGGGUGCUCGGAUCCUGCCACAUCCCAUCACGGGGGAGAGGGACCAGCAACUAGUGGUGUAAAUCAUCCCUGAGAGCACAGCACUGGUUUACACCUGGGGACAAGAUCUCCCAGCCCAGUUGUAUGUGAUGAAAGAUAAAUUCCUUAUCUCUUGUUUUUCCUCUGGGAGGGACGGUUUGGCUUGUAGGAGCUGCUGGAUGUCACAUAACCAUGCAAAGUCCAUCCGUGUGGACCCUCAUGGGGGACCACGUCCCCUCCCCAGCCCCUACCUGGCUGUCCUGAGCUUGAGGUUGGUCUUUUGGGUGUUGGUUUUAAUUAUAAUUAUAUAUUUUUUUUAAUUUUUUCUGCUGCCUAUAAGACUGUAAUUAUCCGUUUGCACUUGCUCCCUCAUUGCUUGAGACUGCGCUCUUGUCCUCCAAUGUCACGCGCCGAAGCGCAAGGGGAAAAUAUGGGUAUUGGAUCAACCCCGCGUGCGGUGCCUAAUUUGAGCGAAUCGAUAGGAAGAGGAAAUCCAAGAAGGACUCAUCCUAAGGAUGCUGGAGCUGAACCUUUUGUUUCCAUGGUUACGGGAGAAAUGGGACCAGGAAUGGAGAGAGGCCUAUAAACUGUUCAAGGAGGACUCGGGGGAAUUUCAAGUCAUUUAACCAUGCGUUUGCUAGACAAAAAUUUAGACACCAGCUGUAUCCGAAUUGCACAGUGUGUAUAGACGUUACUGCUCUUAUUGACGCCGCGGGGGUGUCCUGGGGGUGGGGUGGAUCUACGGGCUGCCAGGCACCCGAGUCAAUAAGGCUGACCGUUGUAUAUAGGUAUACAGAUCUGUGUACAUACAUAUUCCAAAUGAGCAUUUGCUGUCUGGUUUAUCAUGAGUGUAUAUAAUUUAUUCUUCACAGAGUAUCACAAUUUUUGUAAAUAUCGGCACUAAUUAAGAGAAAAUAAAUAUGUAUAUUAUUGAGGA